AUGUCAACGGCAGCCAACGCCCCUAGUAGAUGGCCGAAGCGAAGUCACAUCGUACGAAAAGUCCACACAGGCGCAAAAUACCUUCUAUCAAACUUCGACGCAUUUCACCCUCCAGCGCCCAAGUACCAAGAGAGGCGGUUGCAACCUCAGAGAGCCGCGAACGGACACCACGACGCAGAGUUCGUGUCAACAACGCCGGUCCAGCCAAGACAGUCCCCGAAGAAGAUGAACCGCGUCUUGCGUGUAGACAUACUGGAGCGACACAUGGACAUAUGUCUUGCGUGGGAGGGCGAGACACUCCUGGACCUCACCACGUACAGGAAGCCUGCAAGGAGUACAAUCUACCUGAAGAUCUGUCGAACCACGCAGUGGAAUGACGGCUUUGCGACGUCCACGGCGAUGUUCGAGCCCUUGCUAGACACUUUCCAAAGCACCGCAAGGGGAGAGCAGUGGAAGAUUGAUGUCCUGCGUGUUGUCUAUCGUGAGGAUGACCAGGCGUGGUGGCAUGUGCAAGAGCGAAUGUGGAGAGAUAGACUCAGGGAUCCGUUCAAGGUGGGCUGGAAAGUAUUGGAACAGGUUGAGCAGGUGACGAAACGGGCUUCGUCCAUCGGCGAGACCGCCGGAGCAAUACAAGAAUGUUCCAAGCGUAAGAUACCAUGGUCCAAUGAGCCAGUUGAGGGAGUUCUGCAGCCAGCCGCGAAACGCAAGCGGAGGCUGCCCUGGGUAACGGAUCAGUCACUUCAGAAGGGGCGGAAAUCGGGCGGCGCAAAGGUGAACGCGCAAAAAGCGAAGCAGCCUUGGAAUCCUGGUGUUGAUAGUGUGAGCAAUAGGUUCAGGAGUAGGCGAGAGAUUGACCCUUAUGAUGAUAAUGAGGAAAUCGUUGUUGUGAAGAUGGAGGGCGGGCAUGCUGCGAUUCGCAAUGCCAAUGAGAGAGACGGAGCAUGA